AAAUUUUUUUAAGAGACAAUCAGGUGAUUCUGUUUUUUUUAUGUUUUAACGAGAAUUUAUACUCCAACAGAGUUUCCACACCAGAGAGACAAAAAAAAAUUAACCUGUUGAUAUUACAACUGAUUGAGGUAAUCAUCUCUUCCAUUAUUUUAAAAAAAUUUUUUUGUUCGUGCAAAAUAAGAUCGUAUCCAUAACAUUCGACACAAAAAUGCUACUUUCAUCCGAAGAUGAUGAGGUUAGAACGUGGGCCGACGAUUUAAUUGAUGAUGAAUUCACCGCUGUCAGUUCACAUCAAACGAUUCGUUUGGAUACAAAUGAUUCUAAAUCAUUGCAAAAACAUUUCUCUCUUUAUCAAAAUAAUCAUUAUAUUUAUGGUGUUCUUACCGGAUUCAAUUAUGGCGAUUCUAAUGAUGAACAUUGCCGUAAAAUAUUUUCCGAAGUUUGUUCAUAUUUUCCACUCGAAUUAAUUGAACGUAUUAAUUCUUUAAAAAAUCCUGACCAAGAUGAAUGUUAUGAAACUAUAUUGUUGGAAACAUUUUAUAUAAUUGAACAAUCCAUACGAAAACACAUGGACGAUGUAUUGAGUGAAAAAACGGCGCUAGAACUAACAUUAAGCGGUAUAGAUUCAUCUCAAUAUCCAAAAAUUCAACAAAAACUAAAUGAAUAUACACAAAAAUUAUCGUUUGGCUUUUCAUGUGUGAUAACCAUUAUAAAUACAACAAAGAUCUAUGUGGCCAAUAUUGGUGAUACGCGAGCAAUUCUUUGUGUUAAACAUAAUAAUACGAUUCGAUCACAAGAAUUAUCAACUCGUCAUGAUUUAAGCAAUCCAAAUGAAUUGAAACGUUUGGAAAGUAUUUCAAUUGAAACUGAAGUAUUGAAAUCAAAUCAAAGGAUCGGUAAUAUGGCUCUAACUCGUUGUCUUGGAAAUUUAAAACUUAAAAAUUUCUUUAAAAACUAUCCUGAUUUAUCGUCAGCAACAAGUGAUCCCAUUCUUACGGAACCAAGCCUCAAUUCUACACGUAUUAAUAAUUCUUGCAAGUUUUUGAUUUUAGCUUCGGCCAGUUUAUUUAAGGCACUUCAACAAUGUUUCAAUAGAGAAAAUGUUCUCGAUGAUCUUUUGUUAAUAAUAGAUGAUAAACUUACCGAACGAAAUGAUCACAAAAAUGUUCCUGAUCUAGUUUUGCAGGAUAUUUUUCAAAAAUAUCUAAAUCUUAAUGAACAUCAAGAAUCUUUUCAUUCGAAACCCAUCCUAUUGAUACGAUUAUUCCAUCAUCCAAAUGAAACAGAUUCUACAGCUGAUCAUGAUGCUGCUGAUGAAGAGGCCAAUCAUGACUUAAAAGUAGACAAAACGGUAAUCACACCGAUAAUCAUCAUGAAUGAUGAUAUUAAUCUUGAUCCAUCUAAAUCUAAUGAUUCAGUUGGAAGUUCCAAACAAGAAUCCGAUGAGAUUCCAGCCUAUGUUGAUUUUGUUCCAUUAAUUGAAGCAUUACAAAAACACAACAUUGAUUAUGAUUGUUUUAAUUUAUUUGAUUUUAUAAUUAUGAUUAAAUAGUUGAAGGAUUUUAAUA